AUGGUGUCUCAAAAUGCCGAGUCACUGAAGCCUUUCAAUGAGAAUCUGUCAAAUCUUGGAACGAAUAUUUUCAGUGUUAUGACUUCCUUAUCGUUGCAAAACAAAAGCAUCAACCUGGGUCAGGGAUUUCCUGAUGAAGAGGGCCCCGAUGAGAUGAAGAGACGGGCUGGAGCUGCUGUAUUUGAGCACACAAACCAGUACCCACCGAUGUUUGGGAUUGCUGAGGCGAGACAGGCAGUGGCGCGGCAUUCAGCAGCACACUCUGGGCUAGCUGUAGACUGGCAAACUGAGACACUCAUUACUGUCGGCGCAACAGAAGCUCUGGCAAGCGCUUUCAUGGGGAUAUUGAACAGGGGUGAUGAGGUGAUCAUCUUUGAUCCACAAUAUGAUGCCUACAUUCCCCUGUGCAUUGCAAAUGGGGGAGUGCCUAAGGUGGUAAAGUUAGAUCCGUCAGACUGGAGCGUGCCACAUGACCAGCUUGCAGCAGCCUUUAAUGAUAAAACAAAGCUCAUCCUGAUCAACUCCCCGCACAAUCCCACUGGCAAGGUCUUCUCAGUAGAGGACUUGCAAUUCAUUGCCGACUUGUGCAAACAAUGGGGCGCAUAUGCUGUGCUGGAUGAGGUGUAUGAGCACCUGGUGUUUGAGGGGAGUCAGCAUGUCUCCUUGCGCAGCCUGCCGGGCAUGCAUGAUCGCUGCAUCCGGAUUGGAUCAGCCGGCAAGACCUUCUCCUUGACUGCAUGGAAGGUUGGCUGGGUGACAGGGCCACCAGCUCUGAUCUCUGCCGUUGCCAGCGCUCAUCAAUUUAUAACUUUCACGGUGCCAUCGGCCAUGCAACAUGCGGUGGCUUAUGGACUAGACAAUGAGGCAACCUUUUACAGGGGGUUGGGCGAAUUAUUGCACCAGAAGAGGCUUUUCCUGGAGAAACAGCUGACAGACGUGGGAUUCAGAGUACUUCCAGCGCAAGGCACAUAUUUUCUAGUGGCAGAUUUCCGCGACGAGAAUGAUGUGCAAUUUUGCCAGCGUUUGACCAUUGAAGCUGGCGUCACAGCUAUCCCGGUCAGCGCAUUUUACGCAAGCAAGGAUCCUCCGCGUUCUUUGAUUCGCUUCUGCUUCUGCAAAGAUGAUGAGAAGCUGCGGCAGGCCUGUGCUGCCUUGAAGAAGUAUUUCUCCAAGAAGUCCAAUCAGACCUAG